CCCGUCUCCUUGACAACGCGGUUGUAUAUAACGGGCGGCUGAGGACCAUGUGUAGCAGGUUCUCUUACACCGACCUCCUUAGUGUCGUACUGUAAGAAGGCAUCUCCUUCUCCUCCUUCCUCUCGCCCUCUUCUCUGAAGCCCUCAACCCGCCAACAUGCGUGAGUGCAUCUCCAUACACGUCGGUCAGGCUGGUGUGCAGAUCGGUAAUGCCUGCUGGGAGCUGUACUGCCUGGAACAUGGCAUCCAGCCUGAUGGGCAGAUGCCCAGUGACAAGACCAUCGGAGGAGGGGAUGAUUCCUUCAACACCUUCUUCAGCGAGACCGGAGCCGGCAAACACGUCCCCAGAGCUGUGUUUGUGGACCUGGAACCUACAGUCAUCGAUGAGGUGCGCACUGGUACAUACCGCCAGCUGUUCCACCCAGAGCAACUGAUCACUGGGAAAGAAGAUGCUGCCAACAACUAUGCCCGUGGGCACUACACUAUUGGCAAGGAAAUCAUUGAUCUGGUGCUUGACAGAAUCCGCAAACUGGCUGACCAGUGCACAGGUCUUCAGGGUUUCCUGGUCUUCCACAGCUUCGGUGGUGGCACUGGUUCUGGCUUCACCUCUCUGCUGAUGGAACGUCUCUCUGUUGAUUAUGGAAAGAAGUCUAAGCUGGAAUUCUCCAUCUACCCAGCUCCCCAAGUGUCCACUGCUGUUGUUGAGCCCUACAACUCCAUCCUCACCACUCACACCACCCUUGAGCACUCUGACUGUGCUUUCAUGGUAGACAAUGAGGCCAUCUAUGACAUCUGCCGUAGGAAUCUAGACAUUGAGCGCCCAACAUACACCAAUCUUAACAGGCUAAUUGGUCAGAUAGUGUCCUCUAUUACAGCUUCUCUUAGAUUCGAUGGAGCCCUGAAUGUAGAUCUGACAGAGUUCCAGACUAACUUGGUGCCCUAUCCUCGUAUCCACUUCCCUCUUGCCACCUAUGCCCCAGUUAUCUCAGCAGAGAAAGCUUACCAUGAGCAGCUUUCUGUGGCUGAGAUCACAAAUGCUUGCUUUGAGCCAGCCAACCAGAUGGUGAAAUGUGACCCUCGUCAUGGUAAAUACAUGGCUUGCUGCCUGUUGUACCGUGGUGAUGUGGUGCCCAAAGAUGUAAAUGCAGCUAUUGCCACCAUCAAGACCAAGCGAACCAUCCAAUUUGUGGACUGGUGUCCAACUGGUUUUAAGGUUGGUAUCAACUAUCAGCCACCAACUGUGGUUCCAGGUGGGGAUCUGGCCAAGGUACAGCGCGCUGUGUGCAUGCUGAGCAACACCACUGCUAUUGCCGAGGCCUGGGCAAGACUGGACCAUAAGUUUGACCUUAUGUAUGCCAAGCGUGCCUUUGUGCACUGGUAUGUAGGUGAGGGUAUGGAGGAGGGAGAGUUCUCUGAGGCCCGUGAGGACAUGGCUGCCCUGGAGAAGGACUAUGAAGAAGUCGGUGUAGACUCUGUAGAAGGAGAGGGCGAGGAGGAAGGAGAAGAAUAUUAAAUGUCAAAACGGUGCUGCUUUUCACAGGGAACAAUAGAACAUCUGAAGCCAGUUCUGUUUUAUGUAGCAACUCUAUGUUCUUAUGUAUUUUUGCUGCAUUUAACUUACCUGGUUCGAAACACUUUAUGACAUCUCCAUUGUGGUAGAUUUGUCAAUAAAACAUUCCCUGUCUUAAACAUA